CGAAAGCGCCUGUCUUCGCUUGAAACUCCCAACCCCCUCGGACUUGUAAAGAGCUGCGGCAGACCCGUCCGCCGUCAGAGCUCUGUUUGCUCUGCAGUUGGACCUUGCGUAGGUACUUUACUGAUCAUCUUGGUUGAGGACUUUAACUGGUGUCUUGACCAUGGAAUCCGAAGACGAGCGCUUCCUUGCCCUCAUACUAGGCUGCUUUAGAGAGAGGAUCAAGCAGCUAAUCAAUCCCGUGGCCGUGCUGGAUCACAUAGAUUUCAUCGGAGCUGAGGAGAGGGAGGCAGUGAAACAACUUUCCGCCAAUGAAGGCCGCAUAUGUGCGACAGAGAAGCUGCUGACAGUCAUAGGGGCGAUGCCCACUCCGCGUCCCUUAGGCUGGCGCCAGCAGUUCUGCACAGCUCUGGAACAAGCGGGUAAUAAGCAGGCGGCUGUCUACUUGGACCCUUCGGCUGAGCUCCCGAGUCCAUCCAUGGAAGCUAAAAACGAUUACUGUGCCAAGCUCAUCGGUAUUCUUGCCCCGACAUUACUAGAGAUGAAUGCUAAAAUGGUAACCCUCCAAUGUUACGAACUGAAAAUUAUAACUGAGGAAGACAAACAAAAUAUUGAAACAGAAAUUAAUAAUAAAGGAAACAGCAGUGGAGCACGGUUACUCUUGGAGAGAAUUGUAGUGAAUUCACCUUCAUGGUUCUCUGAUUUCAUAAGGGCCCUGAGAAAUGCUGGACAGGAUUUCCUUCUCAAAGACCUUUUUGAAACUGGGCCAGAAAAGGAAGAAGAUGAAAAGGAAUUCAGUGUUCCUGAACACACCUCUGACAGCCAGGCUUCAGCUGUUGACCCAGAUGACAAAGCAGAUGACAAGUCCAUUGACAGCUCAGACAGUUUGGUGGAUUCAGGCGAUGUGACUGCAGAUGAUUCUCUGAAUCCAGCAGAAUCUGACUUGUACCUGGCGAAAUCUCAAGAUGGCAAAUGUAUUGCAGAAAAUGGAAGCCUGGACGUUUCAUCUGAUGAGAAGUCCAAAUCAGACACUGAAGAGGAAAGUGAGACCAACAGCAGCAAUCAGACGGGUGAAAUAAUCCUCAGAGACUAUCAGAAAGAAGUGGCAGAUCCUGCGUUACAGGGGAAAAACAUCAUCAUCUGCCUGCCAACAGGAAGUGGAAAAACUAGAGUGGCUGUUUUUAUUGCUAAGGAUCAUCUUGACAAACGGAAAAAUACAGAGACCCCUGGAAAAGUCAUUGUCUUAGUUAAUAAGGUGCCACUAGUAGAGCAGCAUCAUAAAAAAGAAUUUGGGAAAUUUCUGAAACACUACAAAGUCAUAAAAGUCAGUGGGGAUUCCCAGCUUAAAAUUUCAUUUACAGAUGCAGUGAGAGAAUCUGAUGUUAUCAUUUGCACAGCUCAAAUUCUAGAAAAUUCUCUUUCAAGGGCUAAAGAAGAAGGAUAUAAUGGUGUACGUCUAUCAGACUUGUCCCUCAUUAUCAUAGAUGAAUGCCAUCACACAAAUAAAGAUUCUGUUUAUAACAAUAUCAUGACCCGGUAUAUUAAACAAAAAAUAAAGAACAAUAGCCUGAGGAAAAAAGGUGAAAAAGAGGUUCCCCUGCCUCAAAUACUGGGCCUGACAGCAUCUCCAGGUGUGGGUGGAGCAAAAAACCAGCAGAAGGCUGAAGAGCACAUCUUAAAGAUCUGUGCAAACCUGGAUGCUUCCAGAAUUAUGACUGUUCGAACGAAUGUCAGUGAACUACAAUGUAAAGUCAAAGAACCCUACAAGAAGUUUGCAAUUGCUGAAGAGCGCAGAUCGGAUCCAUUUGGAGAUGUAAUUAAAAGAAUUAUGCAGGACAUUCAUAACUACUGUAAUAUGUGUCCUUCAUCUGAUCCUGGAACACAGAAUUAUGAACAAUGGGUUGUUCAGAUUGAGAAAAAAGCUGCUAAAGAAGAAAAUCAAAAGGAGCGUGUUUGUGCUGAGCAUCUCCGCAAAUACAAUGAGACUCUCCAACUAAACGACACCAUCCGAAUGUCUGAUGCCCUUAAACAUCUGAAAAAAUUCUAUGAAGAGGAAAAGAUGAGAAAAUUUAAUCUUGAACAAGAUGAGUCGCUUGAAAUUACAGAAACGGACAAAUAUCUGUUUAAACUCUUCCAAGAAAACAAGAACGAACUGGAAAGUUUGGCUAAAAAUCCUGAAAAUGAAAAUGGGAAGUUAGCAAAACUGAGGACAACUAUUCUUCAACAGUAUGCUAAGAUGAGUAAAACAAAAGGAAUCAUUUUUACUCAGACUCGUGUGAGUGCUAUUGCCCUUCAUCAGUGGAUUGAAGAUAACAAGAAGUUCACUGAACUUGGUGUCAAAUCCAAAUAUAUUAUUGGAGCAGGCCACAGCAAUUUAGUUAAGCCAAUGACUCCAGCAGAACAAAGAUCAGUUAUUGAGAAGUUUCGCUGUGGUGUAGUCAAUUUACUUGUGUCAACAACAGUAACGGAAGAAGGCAUAGAUAUUGAGGAAUGUAACAUUGUGAUACGUUAUGGACUUGUCACAAAUGAAGUUGCAAUGGUACAGGCAAGAGGGAGAGCCAGAGCAGAAGAAAGCAGUUAUGCUUUAGUGGCACAGGAAGGAUCUGGAGUUGUUGAACGAGAAAGCGUUAAUGUUUACCGGGAGAAAAUGAUGAUCAGUGCCAUAGAAAAUGUGCAGAAGCUUUCAGAAGCAGAAUAUUUAAAGAAGAUUCAGGUCUUACAAAUUCAGACAAUAAAAGAAAAGACCUUGAGGAAGAAGAAAAAGAUGAUGAAGGUGGUGCGAGACAAUCCUUCGCAAGUGACGUUUUUAUGCAGAAACUGCAGUGUGUUUGUUUGUACAGGAGACAGCAUUCAGGUCAUUGAAAGAAUGCAUCACGUUAACGUCAGAGAAGAAUUUAAGAAGCUCUUUAUAGUUAGAGAAAACAAAUCUCUGCAGGACAGAUGCUUGGACUAUCAGGUCAAUGGGGAAAUCGCUUGCAAAAAAUGCUCUCAGACGUGGGGUCACAUAAUGAUACAUCAAGUAAUCGAAUGCCCCUCUUUAGCAGUCAAGAACUUUGUACUGGAUUACGGAAAGGAAAAGAAAACUGUAAACAAGUGGUCAGAGGUGGGAAUCAGGUUCCAAGAAUUUGACAUUGCAGAUCACGAUUUUUCGAUUCCUGACGAAUCUGAUUCUGAUUAGAUGAUGAUUGUCUCUUGCGGCACAAGGUACUCUACUGACAAUAUAGCAACUCUGUACACGUUCUAAGAUGAGGAUUUAAAUUACUUGAAAAAAUCAAAGGAGGAACUGUAUUUUCACUUUAUUUGGGCAACAUGUUGUAUCGAGAACAUUGCCAGUUCAAUUAUCACAAUACGUAACUGAUAUGCAUUAAAAUCGAUAUUAUUAUUUUAACAAAAAAUAUUGAAAUUUUUAGUUACAUGCUCAAAAUUAUAUCUGCACUUCCCCAUCAUUAUUUUGUUUGUAUGAAUGUUCAACUGUAAAAUGACCGAGUUCUUCUACUUUACUCCACUAAUUGGAAUAUAUCUUUGUAAAAGUAAAUUAUAUCUUAUAAACAUUAAGAUAUGGAAGGCUUUUGUUUUAUAAAUAAAGAUAGUAGAAAAAUA